AUGGCCUGCGAAAGCUGUAGGUCCCAGGCCCGGACACUGCUUCGGGUCGCAAACCGCACCUCAGUACUAUCCCGGUCCUCGGCCGCCGCGAGGUCGAAUUUUUUGCCGCUGCUCAGUGCGCCUGUCCAGACGCCGCCGCCGUCACGGAGUUUCAGCAGCACGAGCUCGAAGAAGAUUUUGGGAAUCGGAAGCUCGAUUGGAGAGUCGUACCGGGUCAUUGGCGCCUCGGAGAGAAUAUUCAAGGCAUGCUCCAAGGCAGCUGAUUAUCGCAUCACCGAGGAGGAGCGCAAGAACGAUCAAGUGGAGAGAUUAGAGGAUGGAGAAGAGAUUGGCCGCUCUCUUGACGAGGGGAAUAUCUGGCACAACACUUUCAAGCUCUCUCCUACCUUUAGCACCUGGUCGCAUGUUACCAUGCUUCACCUCUACCUCAUCAACGCCCGCAUACGGAUGCUCGAGCGAGACGCUUACCGAAGCUGGCAGCAGCAGCUCAUCGACCACUUCUUCUUCGAGUGCGAGAAGAAGAUGCACAUCGACCACAACAUCACCUCCAGCGCUCUCCGACAGCGCUACCUCAAGGAUAUCUUUGUCCAAUGGCGAGGCCUCCUGCUGGCAUAUGACGAGGGCCUCAUCAAGGGCGAUGCCGUAUUAGCGAGUGCUGUGUGGAGGAAUCUAUUCAAGGGCGAUCCCGAGGUUGAUCCCCGAGCAUUGGUGGCCAUUGUUGGAUGGAUGAGGUCGGGCCUUGCAUCACUGGAGGGUGCUUCCGAUAUGGCAAUGUCCAAUAGGGCUCUCGAAAUCUUGGACAAGCCGGUGGAUGUGUUCUGGACGAGACUUGAGGAGCCCUUCAAGAGAGAGCAGGGCAAGGAAAGCGCAGAGGAAAGCCAAGAAAUCAAGGCUACCCCAGAAUUGGCCAAGGCUGCUUAA